GGACACUUUAUUUACGCGUUAGUGAAUCAAAAAUGGUUGCAAUUUCAGUUUUCCUUCAUCCUUUCCUUCUAAUCACGCGGUUCUUCCUCCUUUUCUUCCACUUUUCCUCUCCCCUUUAACCCAAUUUCGCCUCUUCUCCCAAAAAAUUAUUUCAACAAUAGGGUUUGAUUGUGUGUUCAUUUGGAGCCCAUGUUGCUAAGAUCGUGCUAUCGGCCGCUUGAGCGGUGUUUUGGGCGGUGGGCUGGCGAUGGGCUGCUCUGGCACUCGGAUUUGAAGCCUCAUGCCUCUGGUGAUUACUCGAUCGCUGUUGUUCAGGCUAACUCUUGUCUUGAAGAUCAGAGUCAGGUUUUCACGUCCCCUUCUGCUACUUAUGUUGGUGUUUAUGAUGGCCAUGGCGGCCCUGAGGCUUCUCGCUUCGUUAAUAAGCAUCUUGUUCCUUAUAUGCACAAGUUUGCUUUAGAACAAGGUGGGCUAUCAGAGGAUGUUAUUAAGAAAGCAUUCAAUGCUACUGAAGAGGAGUUUUUGCGUUUGGUGAAGAGGGCUUUGCCUGCUAAGCCACAAAUUGCAUCUGUUGGAUCAUGUUGUCUUGUAGGUGCAAUUUCUAAUAAGAAGUUAUACAUUGCAAAUCUUGGAGAUUCGAGAGCUGUUCUUGGCCGUAGAGUUUCUGAGAAUCAAAGAACACCCGUCGUUGCAGAACGAUUGUCGACCGAUCACAACGUCGGCGUCGAUGAAAUUAGGGAAGAGGUUGUUGCACUUCAUCCCGACGACGCUCAUAUCGUUGUCUAUACUCGUGGAGUUUGGAGGAUAAAGGGCAUAAUUCAGGUUUCAAGAUCAAUAGGUGACGUCUAUUUAAAGAAACCCGAGUUCAACCGGGAUCCAAUAUUCCAACAAUUUGGGAAUCCUGUUCCAUUGAAGCGACCGGUAAUGACAGCCGAACCAUCGAUCCUAACACGCGAGCUCAAACCACAAGACUUAUUCCUGAUCUUUGCAUCAGAUGGCCUCUGGGAACAGCUGACUGAUGAGGCUGCUGUGGAGAUAGUUGUCAAGAACCCAAGAGCUGGAAUUGCAAAGAGAUUAGUGAAUGCUGCCUUACACGAGGCGGCGAGGAAACGGGAGAUGAGAUAUGCUGAGAUAAAGAAGCUCGAAAAGGGUAUUCGACGUCAUUUCCACGACGACAUCACGGUCAUCGUCGUUUAUCUCGACCAUAACAAAGGCUCACGUACGAGCCGAGCAAAGAACGUCGUUACCGGGUACACUAACGCACCUGUCGACAUUUUCUCGGUUAAUUCAAACUAUGAGGGUGAGGAAAAACUUCACACAAUGUUGUGAAAAAUAUGAAUUUAUUGAUACACAAAGAAAUAGGAGGCAAUGGUAGGUAGGGGAUAGAGAGAGUUGUUGUAGAUAGAUAAAUUUAUAUCACUAAUUGCUGCUGCUAAUAUAAACCAACUUCCUUUGAUUUUUUUAUACUCAAAUAUAACCACUUGUUUUUCUUCGUUUUUUA